AUCUUCCCCAUUGGCCGGGCCAGGGGGGGUAGCGAGUGGGCAUCGUGUUGCCAAAGUCUUGGAAUCUGCGCAGGAUGAGCGAGUUUCUAUUGCUAUGGUUGAUGGAUCAGACAAUGGGUUGGGCUCGCGGUGAGCUGCGUGGGUGGUUUGGGUCAAACUGGCUAUAUCAACCUUUGAACCCCCGCUGUCUCCAGGACAUACGAUCUGAUCAUCCUCUCCGUCUUGGUACCCAGACAAUCCAUCGUCAAUAUGGAUAUGCCCACAUCCACAUCUACAACUAUGGACAUGAUAAUGACCAUGACCAUGACCACGUCGCCGACCACCACCGCCGCCAUGGGCAGUAGCACCGCAUCCUCCAGCAUGGACAUGGACAUGGACAUGGGCUCCUCCAGCUGCCAGAUCUCCAUGCUCUGGAACUGGACCACCAUCGACGCAUGUACGCCUUCCCCAAGCCCAAU